AUGGCUCCGUCAUCAAACAAGGUGGGAAAGGCUAUUAAAGCCAAGAAGGCAGUUGUCAAGGGAAACAAGACCAACAUCCGCAAAAAUGUCCGUACCUCGGUUCAUUUCAGACGACCAAAGACCCUCAUCACUCCAAGAGCUCCAACGUUCACCCGCAAGUCCGUUCCAAAGAGAGACAAGCUUGAUAGCUGGUCAAUCAUCAAGGCUCCACAUACCACUGAGAGCUCGAUGAAGAAGAUUGAAGAGCACAACACUCUCGUCUUCAUCGUCAACGAGAAGGCCAACAAACACAACAUCAAGGCCGCUGUGGCUCAUCUCUACAAUGUCAAGGCAAUCAAGGUCAACACCCUCAUCACUCCACUCCAGGAGAAGAAGGCAUUCGUGCGAUUGUCUUCCGACUACGAUGCUCUUGACGUUGCCAACAAGAUCGGAUUCAUCUAA